AGCUCAGCUCAGCGCUCAACUGGGUUUCAGCCACCGUCGUCAUCCGCUUAGUCAGUCAGUCAUAUGACCGCUGUCAUCUGGCUUGUGCAGCACCGGCCCGGCUAGCUAAGAUCACCGAAGAACGUUGUCAACGUGUCGUAAAUUAAUCCCGCAAUGGCAACAUUGGUGGCAAACCGGGCGAUGGACAACGGCUUGGCAGCAGCAGCGGCAGCGAGGACGCACACUCAAGCCGUGACCAGAAAUUACAUCUCUCAACCGAGGCUAACUUAUUCUACAGUGUCAGGAGUGAAUGGACCCUUAGUGAUUCUGGAUAAUGUCAAGUUCCCCAGAUAUGCUGAAAUAGUACACCUGACCUUGCCCGAUGGCACAAAAAGGAGUGGUCAAGUCCUGGAGGUGAUUGGUAGCAAGGCAGUUGUUCAGGUGUUUGAGGGAACAUCAGGCAUCGAUGCCAAGAAGACAGCCUGCGAGUUUACUGGCGAUAUCUUGCGCACACCCGUUUCCGAAGAUAUGCUUGGGCGCGUGUUCAAUGGCUCAGGCAAACCUAUUGAUCGUGGACCUAGUGUUCUGGCUGAAGACUAUUUGGACAUUAUGGGUCAGCCUAUCAAUCCUCAGUGCCGUAUCUACCCAGAGGAAAUGAUCCAGACCGGCAUCUCUGCCAUCGAUGGAAUGAACAGUAUUGCCAGAGGACAGAAGAUCCCCAUUUUCUCCGCCGCCGGCUUGCCCCACAACGAAAUUGCAGCCCAGAUCUGUCGGCAAGCUGGCCUGGUGCAGAAGUCCAAGGAUGUGAUGGACUACAGCUCGGAAAACUUUGCCAUUGUGUUUGCGGCCAUGGGGGUCAACAUGGAAACUGCUCGUUUCUUCAAGUCUGAUUUUGAAGAAAAUGGCUCAAUGGAUAAUGUUUGUCUUUUCUUGAACCUGGCCAAUGAUCCCACGAUCGAACGUAUCAUUACUCCUCGCCUGGCAUUGACUACAGCAGAAUAUCUGGCCUACCAGUGUGAGAAACACGUCCUGGUCAUCCUCACCGAUAUGAGCUCCUACGCUGAGGCUCUGAGAGAGGUGUCCGCUGCUCGAGAAGAGGUGCCCGGACGUCGAGGCUUCCCUGGUUACAUGUACACCGACUUGGCCACCAUCUAUGAACGUGCGGGACGAAUCGAGGGGAGGAAUGGCUCCAUCACCCAAAUCCCCAUUCUCACAAUGCCCAAUGACGACAUCACCCAUCCGAUUCCUGAUCUGACGGGCUACAUUACUGAGGGUCAGGUGUACGUGGAAAGGCAGCUGCACAACCGUCAGAUUUACCCACCCAUCAAUGUUUUGCCCUCUUUGUCCCGUCUGAUGAAGUCAGCCAUCGGAGAGGGUAUGACCAGGAAGGACCACGCUGAUGUCUCCAACCAGCUGUAUGCCUGCUAUGCUAUUGGCAAAGAUGUUCAAGCCAUGAAGGCUGUUGUGGGAGAAGAAGCCCUCACUUCUGAUGAUCUGCUCUACCUUGAGUUCCUACAGAAAUUUGAAAAGAACUUCAUUGCCCAGGGCCCGUACGACAACAGGACGGUGUACGAAACCUUGGACAUCGGCUGGCAGCUGCUCCGUAUCUUCCCCAAGGAGAUGCUGAAGAGGAUCCCUCAGAGCACAUUGGCCGAGUUUUAUCCCAGGGAGUCUGCUGCUCGCCACUGAGGCACCAAAAGGAAUGUUGUGCUUCUUUGUGCAAUCUAACCCUAACCCUCUCUGAUGCCAGCGGUCUCCUUGUGGCAUGUUGGUGAAUUUUCUUGCGCAUCCUGAUCCCAAAGCUUCCUUUCCCCCAGGUCACCAACUUCACAGUAGUCAUUUUAUCUCGGUGUACCGUCGUGUAUUGCUGUCCAAAUGAUGUGGCGUCUGAAAAGUAGUAUCUGUGGUAGUGAUCCUCUUUAUUGCAAAGAAAUGUGAUCAGAUCUGUAAACAUUUAGUGAAGCCCAUACUACAGGUGACGCUUUUAAUGUACUGUCCAUUAUCACAAAGCAUUUCUCAGUGAACAAUGUUCCGUUUGAUAUGAGCUGAAUGGUGUUGUUACGCUCAAAUAAACACUCAAAGCCGUCAGUGUGACGCAUAUCCCUGGCAGGCGGCCGGCCGGCCGGCCAGCCAGGUGGUAGUUGUGCCGUACUUGACUCUUUUGGGACCCCAUACCAACUAUAUCAUGGAUGUUUACAUUAUUAGUGCUUUGUAGUUUGUUUUGUCUGAUAUAGUGAACAUUCCCAUUCGUCAGCAAAAACAGAGUUGUUGUGCAAUCAUGAUUGUUUCUUGUGAACAGAAUGAAAUUAAAUUAUGAGUGAGUA